CGAGAAGGUAGUGACGGAUCGGCUAUAGACAAAAACUUUCCAACCAGUGUUCUUGAACAGAUCAAACCAACGCAUUUGCUUCCUGCUGCUGCUGCUGCUGCUGCAGCUGCUACUGGAGGAGAUACGACACCUACAGUGACCGAAGAACGCAACGUGCUUACAAGAAAGAAAUACAGGAUUGCAUUUACCGGGAAAAACUUUGAACGCAAUGGGAUUUUCAUGUCAUGUACACUGCGUCAAAAAUUCCUCCUCGUCAUGUUUCUACUGUUCUGUCAACGACACAAGGCCGCCGCAUUGAUAGGGCGCGAAGUGCUGUCCCCGAUGGGGAUCAGCAACAUGUACCAAAAGCUCGUGACGUAUUGCCAAGAAGAGCUGCUGCAGACCCUGUUGAUAUUUACGAAUCCGGAAAACUACCCCAUCCAUGUCCAUUGUACGCAGGGAAAGGAUCGGACGGGUCUGGUGUCGUGUUUGUUGUUGAGCAUGGCUGGGGCGCCAGAAGAGGUGAUUGUGAGGGACUAUGCAAAGACACAGGCUGGAUUGGCACCGAUAAGGAAUGAAAUGCUUCAGGAUCUGAGACGGGUUGGGUUGUCGGAUGAAUUUGCGGAUGCUCCUCCACAGAAUAUGCGCGGGUUAUUGGAAUAUGUCAGGAGUUCGUAUGGCUCUGUCCAAGAUUACCUAAGCAGUAUUGGAUUUGACGAAAAGCACCAAGAACGUGUGCGCACCAUCAUUUGUCAACAGCAGUCGUAGUCAUGAUGAUAUUAGAAAGACAAAAGGUUCCCCGAGCUGGAUAUUGUUUUUAUUUGUUUUAUUUUGUGGCAUGUCAAUAACGGAAGAACCCGUAUAUACUGGGGAGCAAACA